ACACGCGAGCAUGACUAAUCAAAAACUCAGCCCUUAAAUAAAAGGAGCAGCACUUCACUUCAAACAGGACCAACAACCACGCACUCCAUAACACACAGACUUUACUCUCCAGUCCACACCAGACAAUGGCUCCCUACACUCUUACAUACUUUGCAGUUAAAGGCAGAUGUGGUGCUCUGAAGAUGAUGCUGGCCGACUUUGGUCAACAGUUAAAUGAGAACCUGGUAUCCUUUGAUGAGUGGAUGAAGGGCGACCUGAAGAAAAACUUAGUCUUUGGACAGUUGCCUAAAUUUGAGGAUGGUGACCUGGUGCUGUAUCAGUCCAAUGCCAUACUAAGGCAUUUGGGUCGCAAACAUGGUGCAUAUGGAAAAAAUGACUCUGAGGCUUCUCUUAUUGAUAUGAUGAAUGAUGGAGUUGAAGAUAUUCGCAUGAAAUAUAUAAAGCUGAUCUACCAGGAAUAUGAGACUGGUAAAGAAGCAUACAUCAACGAUCUGCCCAACCAUCUCUGCAGGUUUGAUGCCAUUCUGGCCAAAAACAAGUCUGGAUUCCUGGUUGGUGAUAAGGUCUCGUUUGCAGAUUACAACCUGUUUGACUUGAUGUUGAAUCAUAAAGUCCUCUCUCCCACCUGUCUGGACUCGUUCUCUUCUAUCAAGGGCUUUGUGGAUAUGAUGUCUGCCCGUCCCAAAAUCAAGGCCCUCCUUGAGUCUGGCGACUUUAAGAAACUUCCCAUUAAUGGCAAUGGAAAACAGUGAUUGUGUAGCCUACUAAUGAACAUUUACACAUACAUUCGAUAUUACAAGUACUGAACUGGUGCUCUGUGAUUAGCUAAAUAUCCACUGUCUUUGAAUGAGUAUGUAUUUUGUGUGUUUAACUUUUUUUAUAUUGUUUACUAACUCCAUGUCCAUGUAUCAAUUAUAAAUAAAAGCCUGAAGCUUAAGAUGAAA